AAAUCACAACAUCCCGCUGCGGUCUGAAUCGCCCCUUGCUGAAAUAGGUUGACCUCCUUUGAUCUUUUUCUGUUUUAUAGUUUAGGGUAGCAGUCACAGUUUUCAAACUUGCAAUUAUGAGUGUUACACUUUACUUUUCAACGGUAUCCAGCAAUUUGGAAACCAAAAAGCAUCAGCAAAAAAUUACCAUGGUUUUAGAUGGUAAAAAGAUUCCAUAUCAGAUAGUUGACAUUUCAUCUGAUGAUAGUGCAAAGGCUAAAAUGAGAGAACUAGCUGGAGCAAGUAGUCUUCCACCACAGAUUGCAAAUGGUGACCAAUACUGUGGGGAUUUCAAUUCUUUCGACGAAGCUGUUGAAAUGGAAGAAUUAUCGAAGUUUUUAAAGAUGUAAUUUUUUAGAAAUAAUUAACUUCGUUAAAAAGAAACUGCCAAGUAAUUUGUCCUCAAAAGAAAUUCGUAUCCAUUACUGGCACUUUCUUCGUAACCUUUAUAUUUAGUUUAUGUUUUUCGUAUAUAAAUCCUAUUUUUAUUUAUUACAGUCAUACCUCAAUGCAUACCAAAAUCAACCUUGUCCAUUAAUUUGAGUUUUUGUCCAGGACGUAACAUCGCCUUCAUUCUAUUUUUGUAUGGUUGACGUACUUUGUUGGUCGUAAAUGUGUGAAUGCACAAGCUCAACUUUUUCAAGCUCUAGAGGUUCUUAAUAAGUUUUGUGGUUGUCUUUGGUUAUUUUUUUGAUUCUAUUUAUUAACAUUUCUUAUCACCAAACUCAAGAGUAUUUUUACUUAAUUGUUAUUAAAAAUAAAAUUGAUGUUCGAUUUCUAUAUAAAA